AUGUUUAUUAAUAUCGGUGGAGAAGCAUCAGGAAGCACUGAAGAUGACAACAAUGUUGGAGAUCGGAACCGGUUAUCAACAGAAGAGGUUAUGUCUCUUUGUGAUUACGACCCUGCCGAUGUUGAGUUCGUCAUUUCAUCGAGUGAUUCCGAAACAAAUUGGAGUUUUGAACGGCUGCCACUGCCGAACAAAUUAAGUGAAGACUCCGAGCAACGCCAUUCCUCACAUCAAUCUGCUUUCCUGCCCCCAGGUAAUCGGACAGUUCUUAAUAGAAGCAUUUGGAAUGCUCAUCCUUCACAUACAGUUCGAAAAUACCAAAGUCAAUCUGAUGAUGAAAUAACUAAAACAGAUGCUCAUUUGAAUCAGGCGCUCCCUCCGGAUCAACACUUUUUGGAUGAAACCGAUGUACACUGCCUUCGUUGCCGUAGAUUCCGCUUGAUUCGAAGUCCCAUCAAACUCUUGUCAAGCCCUCUGAAAAUAUCCGAAGUAUUUGUUAAAUCAAAAUCAUGUUUUAAGAAUCGCUUCGUUACAUUCCUUUUCAUCCUUGUUUCUUACAUCUGUUUUAUGUGCAUUGGUGCCGCGUGCUUUCAGCUAAUCGAAAAGCCUGUCGAGUUUCAUUCAGAGAAUCUCGAUGAAGUUAUUCAUAUUUUGGAAAGCUGCAACCAUCUUUCAUGUAAGUAUGGUGCUCAUGUGUUUUUGUUUUCAGUUUUAGAAUCGCUAAGAUUGUUCUGUCUAAUUUCUGCUGUAAACAGCAACAAUUUCCUGUGUUUUAUAACUUGUUUAUCUGUGACUGCAAGAAAGUAUGACGAGGACCAUUCAAGUCAAACCGUAGCUUUUAGCUUUAAACCUACACUUCAUAUUGAUGCUCAGUGUAUAGAAGCCAGAUCCUGGAUGCCUCAUAUUUGCAGAAUCACAAGUCUUCAAACACAUUUUUAUCGUAGAACUAAGUUUGUAAUGGUAAAAAAGUGUUCUUUUUUAAAAAAUUCCGUUCACAAAAUCUAG